UCCCUCUCAUUCAUGUGUAUCUCUCCCAAUCCCAUUUGUCCUCUUCUUCCUCUUCAUCAGCCAUUGCACAAGGGCCAGAAAUUGAGUCAAGUGAAACUUGGGAUAUGUAACGAGUGGGUCGCUCGGUGGUUCCUUCUCUCUCCCGCGUUGAAGAUGAUGACUUCGUCUCUGUACGAACCUUCUCCUCUCUGGUUCAACUCUUCUUCGGUUUUCAAUUUCGAAUUCGAUUUUCCCGCGAAUUGGAGACCUCGCUCGAAGGGGAAAUUUGGUGGGGGAUCUUUCAGAGCUUGUCGUAUCCGUUGCUCUGCCGAUGAUCCUGGUUCGCGCGGAGUUUUUUUGUCCAGUAGAAGAAAAAUGGUUACCCUUUUCUCGGCAAUGCAGCUCGUGACUCAAUUUCUUCCUCAGAGAGGAAAGGCAGACGACUUGAAUUCUCUGAUGCGAGAUGAAAUAAGAAAAGUAGUGACAAAGGGCAAAGCUGCUGGUGUGCUUCGUCUCGUGUUUCAUGAUGCUGGAACCUUUGAACUGGAUGAGAGUUCAGGUGGCAUGAAUGGCUCUAUUGUUUAUGAACUUGAGAGACCUGAGAACGCAGGUUUGAAGAAAUCGAUAAAGAUUCUAGAGAAAGCAAAGACUAGAUUGGAUGCUAUACAACCAGUGUCUUGGGCGGAUAUGAUCUGUGUUGCUGGGUCUGAAGCAGUUUCGAUAUGUGGGGGUCCAACUAUUCCAGUAGCUCUGGGAAGACUGGAUUCAUCAGAACCCGAUCCCGAAGGAAAGCUGCCACCGGAAUCCCUGAAUGCCUUGGGUUUGAAAGAAUGUUUCCAAAGAAAAGGCUUUUCAACACAAGAGCUAGUUGCCUUGUCCGGUGCACAUACUCUUGGAAGCAAAGGCUUUGGAAAUCCAACUGUUUUUGACAACUCCUACUACAAAAUCCUUCUUGAGAAACCAUGGUCAUCUUCAUCCAAAAUGGGGAGCAUGGUUGGGCUUCCAUCAGAUCAUGCCCUCGUGGAGGACGAUGAGUGCUUAAGGUGGGUGAAGCAAUAUGCAGAAAACGAAGAUGGGUUCUUCCGAGAUUUCACCGACGCUUAUACCAAGCUGGUGAAUGCCGGGGCCAAGUGGAGGAAAAGCUUGUGAUCUUCUUCUUCUUCUUCCUCCAUUGAUCAGCAGUAGACCAAAGGAGAAGAAGGUACCACAUCUUUCUUUACCUCUGCCUUUAUUUUUUUGAUUCAUAACUUGUAGUUUGUGAUUCGGUUUACUGAUUUGAAUGAUGGUAUUAUCAUAAUAUGCCAUGAUUUGCAUGUAGUUCAGUUAUAUCAAUGUAUGUGGCUUUAUAUAUAGUCAUGCAUUUUUUGGA